AGUCAGCGCCCGGCCCAGCGGGGUCGUCCCGGCCAGUUACGAGGAAAAACUGCAUAGAAAAUCUAAUGGAUGAAGAUGAGAAAGACAGGGCAAAGAGAGCUUCUCGAAACAAGUCUGAGAAGAAGCGUCGGGACCAGUUCAAUGUUCUCAUCAAAGAACUUAGCUCCAUGCUCCCUGGCAAUACGCGGAAAAUGGACAAAACCACCGUGCUGGAAAAGGUCAUUGGAUUUUUGCAGAAACACAAUGGUAAAGAAGUCUCAGCGCAAACGGAAAUCUGUGAUAUUCAGCAGGACUGGAAACCUUCAUUCCUCAGUAAUGAAGAAUUCACCCAGCUGAUGUUGGAGGCACUGGAUGGCUUCAUCAUCGCAGUGACAACGGAUGGCAGCAUCCUCUAUGUUUCUGACAGUAUCACGCCUCUCCUUGGGCAUUUACCGUCAGAUGUCAUGGAUCAGAAUUUGUUAAAUUUCCUUCCAGAACAAGAACACUCAGAAGUGUAUAAAAUGCUUUCUUCCCAUAUGCUUGUGACAGAUUCCCCCUCCCCAGAAUACUUAAAAUCUGACAACGAUUUAGAGUUUUAUUGCCAUCUUCUUAGAGGCAGCUUGAACCCAAAGGAAUUUCCAACUUAUGAAUACAUAAAAUUCGUAGGAAAUUUUCGCUCUUACAACAAUGUGCCUAGCCCCUCUUGUAAUGGCUUCGAUAGCACCCUUUCAAGGCCCUGCCGGGUGCCGCUGGGAAAGGAGGUCUGCUUCAUCGCCACCGUUCGCCUGGCAACGCCCCAAUUCUUAAAGGAAAUGUGCAUAGUUGACGAACCCUUAGAGGAAUUCACUUCAAGGCAUAGCUUGGAAUGGAAAUUUUUAUUUCUGGAUCACAGAGCCCCUCCGAUCAUAGGAUACCUGCCUUUUGAAGUUUUGGGGACCUCGGGCUAUGACUACUACCACAUUGACGAUCUGGAGCUCCUGGCCAGGUGCCACCAGCACUUGAUGCAGUUUGGUAAAGGGAAGUCCUGUUGCUACCGGUUUCUGACCAAAGGGCAGCAGUGGAUUUGGCUGCAGACACACUACUACAUCACGUACCACCAGUGGAACUCCAAGCCCGAGUUCAUCGUGUGCACACACUCGGUCGUCAGUUAUGCGGACGUCCGGGUAGAAAGGAGGCAGGAGCUGGCUUUGGAAGACCCACCGCCCGAGGCCGUCCACCCUGCGGCACUAAAGGACAAGAGCUCCAGCCUGGACCCUCAGCAGCACUUUAAUGCACUUGACGUGGGCACCUUGGGCCUUAACACCAGUCACUCGCCAUCAGCGUCCUCCAGAAGUUCCCACAAAUCCUCGCACACGGCCGUGUCAGAACCCGCCUCUACUCCAAGCAAGCUGAUGGCAGAGGCCAGUGCCACCACUUUGCCAAGAUCGGCCACGCUGCCCCAAGAGCUCCCCGUGCCAGGGCUCAGCCAGGCAGCCUCCAUGCCGGCUCCCCUGCCAGCCCCGUCGUCGUGUGACCUCACACAGCAGCUCCUGCCCCAGACCAUCCUGCAGAGCCCCCCUGCCCCCAUGACACAGUUCUCAGCGCAGUUCAGCAUGUUCCAGACCAUCAAAGACCAGCUGGAGCAGCGGACACGGAUCCUGCAAGCCAACAUCCGGUGGCAGCAGGAAGAGCUCCACAAGAUCCAGGAGCAGCUCUGCCUGGUGCAGGACUCCAACAUCCAGAUGUUUCUGCAGCAGCCAGCUGUAUCCCUGAGCUUCAGCAGUGCCCCGAGACCCGAGGCUCAGCAGCAAGUCCAGCAGAGGUCGGCCCCAGGCUCCCAGCCCCAGCUUGUGACCAGCCCUCAGCUUCCCGGGCAGAUCACUUCUGCCCAGGUGGCGAACCAGCACCUGCUCAGAGAAUCCAGUGUGAUAUCGACCCAAGGUCCAAGGCCAAUGCGAAGCUCGCAGAUGAUGCAAGGAAGUGGCCACUCAGUGAGCAGCUUGACGCCCCAGUUCAGCAGCGCCGCGGCGGUGCUCCCACCAGCUCUGAGCCUGACCACGCUCGCUUCUGCCUCCCAGGACGGCAGCCAGUGCCAGCCCAGCCCAGACUUCAGCCAUGACCGGCAGCUCAGGCUAUUGCUGAGCCAGCCCAUCCAGCCCAUGAUGCCUGGGUCCUGUGAUGCGAGGCAGCCCUCAGAGGUCAGCAGGACUGGACGGCAAGUCAAGUAUCCACAGAGCCAGGCCGUGUUUCCAAAUGCAGACAUGCACACCACCAGCAGCAGCGCCUCGCCCCCUGUCCUGCUGAUGGGACAGGCGGUGCCCCAGCCCAGCUUCCCCGCCUCCAGGCAGUCACCCCUGCAGCCCGCACAGGCCCAGCAGCAGCCACAGCACUUCCUGCAGGUGCAGGCACCAACCUCUCUGCACAGUGAGCAACAGGACUCCAUACUUCUCUCCACCUACUCGCAACAGCCAGGGACCCUGGGCUACCCCCCACCACCCCAGUCCUCACGCCCUUCCCGAAGGGUCAGCAGCCUCUCUGAGUCCUCGGGCCUCCAACAGCCACCCCGGUAG